AUGGGUCUACUUGUUGCUGGGACAAAGUAUCGUGGAGAGUUUGAGGAGAGAUUGAAGAAGCUGAUGGAAGAAAUCAAACAAAGUGAUGAAAUUAUACUCUUUAUUGACGAGGUCCAUACUUUAAUUGGAGCAGGAGCUGCAGAGGGGGCUAUUGAUGCUGCUAACAUCUUGAAGCCAGCUCUUGCUAGAGGUGAAUUGCAGUGUAUUGGUGCUACAACCCUCGAUGAAUACCGAAAACACAUUGAGAAGGACCCUGCAUUAGAGAGACGAUUCCAGCCUGUAAAAGUGCCCGAGCCAACAGUCGAUGAGACUAUACAGAUUUUAAAGGGGCUCCGAGAACGAUAUGAGAUCCACCACAAGCUCCGAUACACUGAUGAAGCGUUAGUAGCUGCUGCCCACUUGUCAUAUCAGUACAUAAGCGACCGCUUUCUUCCCGAUAAAGCUAUUGAUUUAAUCGAUGAAGCCGGUUCACGUGUCCGACUUCGUCAUGCACAACUUCCAGAAGAAGCCAGAGAGCUGGAGAAAGAACUUAGACAAAUAACAAAAGAGAAAAACGAAGCUGUCCGUGGUCAAGACUUCGAAAAGGCUGGUGAGUUACGCGAUCGAGAAAUGGACCUUAAGACACAGAUAUCAGCUCUUGUGGAUAAGAACAAAGAGAUGAGCAAGGCGGAGACCGAGGCGGGAGAGGAGGGCCCCACCGUGACCGAAGCAGACAUCCAACACAUUGUCUCGUCAUGGACAGGGAUCCCGGUCGAGAAAGUCUCGACCGAUGAAUCCGACCGUCUCCUCAAAAUGGAAGAGACGCUUCACACGCGAAUCAUCGGUCAAGACGAAGCGGUCAAAGCCAUUAGCCGCGCCAUCCGCCGCGCCCGUGUCGGUCUAAAAAACCCCAACCGCCCCAUCGCGAGUUUCAUUUUCUCCGGUCCCACCGGUGUCGGGAAAUCCGAACUCGCGAAAGCGUUAGCCGCGUACUACUUCGGCUCAGAAGAAGCCAUGAUUCGCCUCGACAUGAGUGAGUUCAUGGAACGCCACACCGUCUCAAAGCUCAUCGGCUCCCCUCCCGGUUACGUCGGCUACACCGAAGGCGGUCAGCUGACCGAAGCGGUCCGCCGACGCCCCUAUACCGUUGUCCUGUUCGACGAAAUCGAAAAAGCUCAUCCCGAUGUCUUCAACAUGAUGCUUCAAAUCCUUGAAGACGGAAGGUUGACCGAUAGUAAAGGAAGAACGGUUGACUUUAAGAACACGCUUCUAAUCAUGACAUCAAACGUCGGAAGCAGUGUAAUCGAGAAAGGUGGGCGGAGGAUCGGGUUUGACCUUGACUACGAUGAAAAGGACAGCAGUUACAAUAGAAUCAAGAGUUUAGUCACGGAGGAACUAAAGCAGUAUUUCCGGCCGGAAUUCUUGAACAGAUUAGACGAAAUGAUUGUGUUCAGGCAGUUGACUAAACUCGAGGUCAAAGAGAUUGCUGAUAUAAUGUUGAAGGAAGUUUUCGAGAGGUUGAAGGGUAAAGACAUUGAGCUUCAAGUGACUGAGAGGUUUAGGGAUCGGGUUGUGGAGGAAGGGUAUAACCCUAGCUAUGGUGCGAGACCCCUGAGACGCGCAAUCAUGAGGCUUCUAGAAGACAGCAUGGCGGAAAAGAUGCUUGCCCGUGAUAUCAAGGAGGGCGAUUCCGUAAUUGUUGAUGUUGAUUCUGACGGUAAUGUUACUGUUCUUAACGGUAGCAAUGGAGCUCCACCGGAGGCAUUGGCUGAGCCAAUCUCGGUGUGA